UCCGCCGCUUAUGGGCUCCGUGUGGAAACAGGAAAACGUGAAUCUUUCGCUUCACCAUCGUUGUUCUGUUUGGGUUCUGUUUGGGUUCUGGCUGGACGGAAGUCAUGGCCGCAGCGAACUACAGUCUGAAGGUGAACCGAGACCUGCUGGACCCGAACUUUGAGAGCUACCGGCUGUCUCUGGACCCCAUCCCGACCUACACCGUGGAGCUGGACGCGGCGGUGGAGGAGCUGCAGCUGAAGGACGCUCACUACACCCUGGAGCACCUGCAGGCGUUCGGCAUGUUCAACCACCUGCAGCUGGACCCGUGGUACCAGGACAGCGUUCUGUUUGUGGACUCCAGAGGACGGGUUCUGAGCCUCAGCGUGACCCUGGAUACGGCUCUGGGGAAGCCCAAGGAGGUCUUCAGCUUUGGUUCCGAGUCCGGCCGGGCCGAGGAUCGGCUCUGCGCCUCCAUCAGCCUCACCUCGGCCACCUGGGCGGCGCUGUCUGACGGCACCGGGCAGCUGCUGCUCCUCCGCACCGGCAGGAGGGGAGACGGCGGAGCCUGCAGGUGGGAGGUUCUGUUCAGCGACCACAUGGGGGAGCCGUUCACCAUCCUGCACAGCGUCUCUCACGUUCAGGGUGGCUGUCACUCCGUAGAGGUGCUGCUGCUGCGUGUGCAGAAGGAACCGCUGGAGUCCACAGGAAGCGGCUACUCUGUGUCCCUGGAGUGGGUCACAGUGGGCGGCGCCGCCGGAUCCGGACAGGAGAGGAAGUACGAGGUGAGGAAGAGGAGGGUCCUGAGAGGGAAGUCGGUGCCGCACUACGCCGCCGUGGCACCGCGGGGUGAAGGGCUGAUGCUGGCUGCAGAGAAACCGUUUGUCUUUACGCACGUCAAUGGCCGACCUGUGGAGCCGCCGCCGCCACCGGAGCUCAGCGAGCUGGACAAGACAGAUCCGCUGUACUUCUGGCAGCAGACGGCAGAGGACCUCACCGUCUGCGUCCGCCUUCCUGGAGGCGUGGCCAAGGAGGACGUGAGCUUCCGGCUGACGGCGGACAGCCUGAGCAUCGGGGUUCGGGGCUGCCCCCCGAUAGUGGAAGGUCAGCUGUACGCGUCUGUGGACCCUGAGGCCAGCGCCUGGACCAUCAGCGACAGCAACAGCCUGGAGGUGAGCCUGCAGAAGCUCAGUGAGGGACCCAUGUGGCCGGAGCUGGUGCUGGGGAACAGGACAGGGGAGCUGGUGCUGAGCAACCAGCAGGCAGCGCUCAUCCACGACCGCCUGACUCACCUAACCUCUGAGGACCCGAACAGCGAGCAGGAAAAGCCGCCAUGCAGCUCCCAGGAGCUGGAGGACUGCGACGGUUUCCCCGACGACGGCUUCAGCCUCACACACUUCGACGGGGAGACGCUCAGUCCGACCCAGGUGGUGAACCUGGGUGGACAUCAGUUCCUGUUCUCCGUGAACGUGGACCCGUCUCAGAUGCCGUGUCUCUGUCUGCGUCACGAUGUGGACGCCCUGGUUUGGCAGCCACGUCCGGACCGACCCGGCGACCUCUGGGAGCACAUCGCCACCUUCAACGCCCUAGGUUACGUCCAGGCGUCCAAGAGGGACAGGAAGUUCUCCACCUGCGCUCCAGAUUUCUCCUUCGCCGCGCUGUGUGAGUGUCUGCGCCGCGUCUUCCUCUACCGACAGCCGUCGCCUGUGGAAACGGUCCUGUUCAACAGGAAGCAGGGCCGCCAGGUGGGACAGGUUGCCAAGCAACAGGUGUCCAGCCUGGACUCAGACAAAGCAGUCCUGGGCUUCAGAGCGUCCAAUGAGAGACUGUUUGUCCUCACCUCAUCCCGCCUGUUUGUCCUGAAGGUUGACAAUAAGUGAAAAAACCAACAGGAAACUUUUAAUUCAAUAAAACAAAAAUAAAAUAAUCUGAUUUAUUCUCAGGAUUC